AUGGCUUAUGGCUUACCAAGAAAGAACACAGUGAAGACCAUUUUGCAGUGCAGUUGUUAUAAAGUACAGGAACCUUGGGAUCUUGCAGUGCUUACAAGGACUUGGUACCAGAAUUUAGCUGACCUUAGAUUACCUUUCUUGGAAGAAAUUACACUGGGUCGUCCUAUACAACUAAAAAAAUGCAAAACCAAGAAAGGUCUACUCCCUUCAGCAGAAGCCCUCAAACUUGAAAGGGAGUAUGAAAUGAAGCGCCUAACUGCACUUAAAUGCCAAGAAAAUGUAUCUAAAGAAGUUGGGUUUUCCCUCAAGGAAAAGACAUUUGAUUUGAGAAGACCUCUCCCACCCAAGUGGCAGUCAUCUCAUAAUCGAGUCUUCACUCUAUUUCCUGAACCCAAAGGGGAUGAAGAGCUCUCACUGUGUAAAGAUGCAAAUGCAUGA